UGGCUACUUUAUCGUUCUUCACAAGCAUCUAUUUAAUGAAUUUAUUCACCAAUUUAUCGAGGAACCCCAUUGAAUCAGAAGAACUGGUGUCAAAAUUUUACCUUCAAAAGGCUGAGAUGUUGGCUAGGAUCGAACUUUUUUAUUUAUUGCCUAAUCAAAGAAGAUGGAUUUCGUGGUUUCCCGAGUGGAUGACUUGUAAAAGUGUGGAAGACAUCGAAGCUCAUGACACCGGUUCGAUUAGCAAUUUUAGUAAUAAAAAUAAAACGGACAAAAAAAGUAAUGCACAAUCUUUGGUUUUUAAGGAUCAGAAAAGAAAGUCUACAUUGGAAACAGAUCAGGUGACUAUUAAAGAUGAAAUUAGAAACAUUGAAAAGUUAAAAAAUGAUAUGGAUGAUGUUAUUGUGAAUUUGCUCGAUAAGUUAGAUAGGAGUGUUUUUAUUUAG